GGGGUAGUGGAGUACCAAAAUACCAACUUCCCACAUUGUUUCUUCCGCCUUCUUCCCUUCCAAAUCAACCUUCAAUGAUUCAACUUCUCAACCAAAAAUUCAAGAAACCAACUCCCUAUAAAUCAGACCUCUUUUUCCAGAUUUUUCUUCUUCCUGUUACUAUUUCCCCCAAAUUUCCUUCCCCAUUCAAUCUCCUAAAAAAUCUCUAAAUUUGUUUUCAAUUAACGGUAAUCUUUAAUUUACAAUGAAAUUCGAUUCACAAUCUAUACUUAUAAAUAAACCUCCCUUCAUGUCUUCUAUAUAUCAAAAAAUAUUCUUAUUUCUUCUGAUUUUUACACACCUUUCAAUUGCUAAUUGUGUUGGAGUGUUUCACGAGGAAGAACGGGAAGAUCGACAUUCGGCAAUUGUUGCUUCAGUAAUUCGAAAAACCUUGAAAUCCUUGAGGUAUUUUAGUUACAUCUGUGUGGAUUUGGAGACUUGAAGUUCAAUUAAAAGCAGAGUGUUCUCACUUUUCAAUUGAAAAGUACAAGAUCAGGUGCUACUGUUCUUUAACUAAUUUUCUAAUUUAUGUUUGGCUUAUGUUUUUAAUAUAUAAUGUUGCCUAGAAAGAAAUUAUUUGGUUAUGAAAAAAAGAAGAGAAAGCAACGAACAGAGAAUUUAAUAAAAACACAAAAAAGGGCUAUUCACAAUUAUUUUUCUAAAAGAGCAGGAGAGACUUCAAAUGGUGGUGAAUUGGGUGUAGAUGAAAAUGACCUUGAACACUUGAGUGAUGAAAAUCCAAUAAAUGAGGAUGCUGCUAAUUUGAAUGCCCAUGAUAAUGUACCAAAUUCGACAAGUGGUGAUGAUGUAGGCAUUGAUGAUCACUUAGUCCCUCCAUUAGAUUUUUAUGAUCCUAUGAAUUGGGGUAAUCUUGACAACAGAGUUAGGGAUAUUAUAGUAGAAAAGGGGCCUAUAAGAAAAUUAAAUCUUACAUAUCCUAAAGAUAAUAUUAAUAGGCACUUUUCAGAUACUUAUUAUUCUAGAAAGUUGAGUAAUGGAGAAACUAGUGAUCGAAAGUGGUUGAUUUACACUAAAGUUGCUAAUAAAGUAUAUUGUUUUUGUUGCAAAUUAUUCACAUCUCAGAAUAAAAUUAGUCUUUUAGCAACUGAUGGGGUGGAUAAUUGGAAACAUCUUAGUGAGAGACUUAAACAACAUAAGAAUAGUGUUGAGCAUAUGACUAAUAUGAAUAUUUGGAAUGAGGCAAAAGUAAGAUUAAAAACGAAUCAAGGAAUUGAUAAAGAAUUGCAAGAAGGGAUUUUAAAGGAAAAAGAACGUUGGAGACAAGUUUUAAUCAGAAUAGUAUCUGUUGUAAAAUGUCUUUUAAAAAAUAAUCUAGCUUUUCGUGGUUCUAAUGAAAAACUUUAUGAGGAUAGUAAUGGUAUUUUUUUAGGGGUAGUUGAAAUGAUUGCUGAAUUUGAUGUGAUAAUGCAAGAUCAUGUUAGACGUAUUCGAAGCCAAGAAAUUCACCAUCACUACCUUGGUCAUAAAAUACAAAACGAGUUGAUUUGUCUUUUAGCCCAAAGUGUGAGAACUUCCAUAAUAGGGAUCAUUAAAGAGGCAAAAUAUUUCUCUGUAAUCCUUGAUUGUACGCCUGAUACGAGUCAUCAAGAACAAAUGUAUCAAAUAAUAAAAUAAAAGUAGAGGAGUUUUUCAUAGAGUUCUUAAAAGUAGAUGAUACAUCUGGAUUAGGCCUUUUCAAUGAAUUGUUAAAUAUAUGCAAGUCCCUAGAUUUAGAUGUUGAUAAUGUGAGAGGUCAAGGUUAUGAUAACGGUUCUAAUAUGAAAGGAAAACACCAAGGGGUUCAAAAGAGAUUACUUGAAAUAAAUCCAAGAGCUUUAUACAUGCCAUGUGCUUGUCAUAGUCUAAAUCUUACUUUAUCCGAUAUGGCACUAUCUUGCACUAAAGCUAAGUCUUUUUUUGGAAUUGUGCAACGCAUAUAUACAUUAUUUGCACAUUCUCCUAAAAGAUGGAAAAUUUUAGUUGAUAAUGUUCCGGGUUUAACUUUGAAAUCUUUGUGUUAUACUCGAUGGGAGAGUCGAAUCAAAAGUGUUAAAGCUAUUAGAUAUCAAGCACCUCAAAUCAAAUUAGCUUUGUUAGAAUUGUAUGAUUCUAGUGGCAAUGAUGCCCUUGCAUCAAGUGAAGCGGAAAGUUUGUCUAAUUCUUUAUCCAGUUUUGAAUUUUUGCUUGGCAUGGUGAUUUGGUAUGAAAUUUUGUUUGCUAUUAACAUGGUGAGUAAGAAAUUGCAAUCUAAAUCUAUGUGCAUUGGAGCUACAAUGAAAGAAGUGGGAGAUGUAAUGUUAUAUUUUGAGAAGUAUAGAAAUGAAGGUUUUGAAUCUAGUAUGAAUAUUUCCAAAAACCUUGCAUUUGAUAUGAAUGUUGAGCCAACACUUCCAACAAAGCGUCAUAUAAUUAGAAGAAGACAAUUUGAUGAGGAUGAUAAUGAUGAUGAAAUACAAUCACCCGAAGAAUCUUUUCGAGUUAAUUAUUUUCUAGUGGUUGUUGAUAUGGCUAUAACUUCUUUGAAAAAUAGAUUUGAGGAACUAAAGGGUUUUGAAAGUAUUUUUGGAUUUUUGUUUGAUUCAGAAAGAUUGAAAUCUUUGGAUAAUGAUGAAUUAAGAAAAUCUUUCACAAAUUUUAACAACAUUUUUUCUCAUAAUAAUUUUUCGGAUGUUGAUGCAGAUGAUCUUUUUUCAGAAUUGAAAGUUUUACAAUUGACUUUGCCAAAUGAAUUUAUCUCGGCAUUGGAAAUUCUCAAGUUUGUCAAAGCUGCAGAUUGUUAUCCAAAUGUUUCAAUUGCUUAUCGAAUCCUUUUAACAAUGCCAGUGACUGUUGCAUCUGCUGAAAGAAGUUUUUCGAAGUUAAAAUUAUUGAAAACUUAUUUGAGAUCGUCAAUGUCGCAAGAAAGGUUGAAUGGUCUAGCUAUUUUAUCUAUAGAGAAGGAAAUAUUAGAGCAUAUUGAUUUAGACACUACUAUUAGUGAUUUUGCAUCUAGAAAUGCUCGAAGACAACGUUUUGUAGUAUGAUCAAGUACUUGAUUUUUAACUUUUAGUUUUUUUUAGCUUAUAAAAUGUUAUUUAACUUUUUCUAUUAGACCUUUUGAUGAAUUACUGUAAUAAAAAUUUCCAUUUCGAAGGGAAAAGUUUUCUAUA